AUGACUUCCGACAACUGCGACUCUUUGGAUACCUGGCGCAACUCUUCUCCUGGAGAGAUGUUGGAAUCCAACAAGUCCUUGCGUGAGAGCAAUGUCACCAAAAGUGGCAACUGUGGAUCCGUAUCAGUUGUUUUCCCCAUUACUAUGAUGGUAACGGGAAUGGUGGGCAAUUCUCUCGCUCUUAUGCUGGUAUAUAGCUCGUACAGAAAAAAAGAAAAUAACAGGAAAAAGUCUUUCCUACUCUGCAUAGGGUCGCUGGCAUUGACUGAUCUGUUUGGACAGCUUCUCACCAGCCCGAUAGUUAUAUCGGUUUACAGAGCCGAUUUGAAAUGGGACCGCAUAGACUCAUCCGGGAGUCUGUGUGCUUUCUUUGGAGUGUGCAUGACAACUUUUGGCCUGUGUUCUCUAUUCCUUGCCAGCGCAAUGGCAAUUGAGAGAGCAUUGGCGAUUACAAGUCCUCAUUGGUACUCCAAUCACAUGAAAACAAGUGUGACAAAGCAAGUCCUGGCAGUUAUAUGGUGUCUUGUUCUGUUUUUCGCGCUGUUGCCGAUCGCAGGAGUUGGGCAGUACACGCUGCAAUGGCCAGGCACUUGGUGCUUCAUAAGCACUGGAGACAGAGAGGUCUCGGGCAACAUGUUUUUCUCCAUCACUUUCGCUGUUCUUGGGAUAUUCUCACUUCUUGUGACUUUCUCCUGCAACGUCGUCACAAUUCGUGGAUUACUUAUUCGUUGCAAAACGAAAUCUGGCACAUCUCACUCAUCCAAGCAGUGGGAACGAUUAACCACGGAGACAGUCAUUCAACUAUUGGGAAUCAUGUGCGUGCUGCUUAUAUGCUGGGCACCUUUACUGGUGCUGAUGUUAAGAAUGAUCUCGACACAGACGUCUUCACAUCACUGCAAACCGGCAGAAGUGUCUUUCACUCUUAGUCCUAGUCGAGACAUCCAGGUGGACUGUAACUUCUUUCUCACCGCCAUCCGCCUGGCCUCUCUGAACCAGAUCCUGGACCCUUGGGUUUACCUGCUUCUAAGGGAGAUUCUACUGCGCAAGUUCUGCCAGGUGGCCAAUGCUGUGUCCAACUGCUCCAUAGAUGGACAAAAGGAGACUCAGACGGCCCUGGAUGCUCUCAACAAGCAGCCUGCCGACACUAACAGUCUGUAGAAACAGUAAAUGGACCGGAUCAAACUUAAGAAUAACCUGACCUGAUUUAUUAUUCUAUCACCCACAGUCCAAAACCACUCGGAUGAAUACAAAACAGUUAUUGUGCUGGACACAUUCCCAGAACAAGCAUGACGUUGCUGACACAAGAAUAUUGUGCCACUAAUGACAGAAAUGACUUUGUUAGUGUGUUAAUGGGCCCGGCAAUGCUCUCCAUGUGCACUUAUUUUUGUUUGGUUGCAUACAUUCCAGUGAGGCUCACAAAACCAGCAUGUGAAAACGUGACCUCUGCAAUCUUCACUUUGGACUGUCAAUGGAAGCCAAUGAGUUCCAGGGGGAUUUUUUACAUGGUUGCUCAAUAACAUUACAGCCCUACCAAACACAGAAAACAGACAUUCUAAAUCAGAAGAUACCAUUUUGUUUU